AGCAGCGGCCUCCUCGAAGCCUCGCUCGCUUGCUCACGCACUCGGCGCUAAAAUAAACAAGGCUCUCUGGCAAGGACGGCGGGCCGCCCCGCAUGACACCAUCUUGCGUUUGGUGCAUUUCGUGAAAAUUUGCAUGCAUGUGGAGUGAGUGAGUGGCCGCAGGACACCGCAGCAAGGACUCGCAGCCAAGAUGUCCGGCGACAUCCAGCCCAAGAAGCGCAAGAACAAAACCAAGAAGACCGCCAGCGGCGGCAGUGCUGGCCCCAGCACCACUCGAGAAGAAGAGGAGGAUGUGGCGAGCGAACCCACCAACAUCCAUAUUUACGAGGAGCCGCACACAGGCGGCAAUCUGUGUGCCAAGCUCAUGUUUUUCACCCUUUUCUCCUCGCUGAUCGUGCUCAUCGCCCUCGUCGCAAUCAACUACCAGGGCGACUUCCAAACGGACGUUGUGCAAGCGAAAUCGAGGUACGCGGAAUACUUUGACGGAUUUCUGGACGAAUUAUCACCGGACGACCACCAUGGCGACGACCACGACGAAAACGACGAUGACCAUAUAGCCAGUUUGGAGGAAGAUGAUCACGGAGGGUUGGACGAGGAUCAUGACGACGAUGAUGGCCAUGACGAUGAUGAUGAAGAUGGGCAUGAUGACGAUGAACAUGACGACGCCCAAGAAGAUGAAAAUGAUGACGACGGUGAUGACGAUCAAGAUGAUGAUGAUGAGGAGGAUGGUGAGGACGAUGAAGAUGCCGACGAAGAGGAUGCCGAAGGUGACAACGACGACGAUGAUGAGGAGGAUGAUGACGGAGCCGAAGAUGGAGAGGACGGAAAUGAUGACGACGAUGAUGAUGCAGAUGACAACAAGAACGACGAUAAUGACGAAGAUGGGGACGAUGAUGAUGAUGAAAAUGACGAUGAUGAGGAAAAUGAUGAUGAAGAUGGAGAUGACGAUGAAGACGAAGAAGACAACAACAAUGCCAAAACUCCAGUAGCCAAUGGAGCUGACGAUGACGACGAUCAGGAGGACGAUGGUGAGGACGACGAUGGUGAUGACGACGAUGAUGAAGACGACGAAGAUAAAGUCGAGGAUGAAGAUGAUGGCGAUGCCGAUAACGAUGGAAUCCCAGACGAUCAGGAGGAUGACGAAGACGACGACAAGCCCCAGAAGCCCGCUGCGAGUUCCAAACCCAAGGAGGUGAAGCCAAAGGAAAAUAAGGCGGAGAAUAACGAUGACGACGAUGAUAAUGACGAUGAAGACGGAGAGGAUGACAACGAAGAUGACGAUAAUGAGGAUGAUGAGGCUUAGACAAAUGCAACCCGAAUCCUUUUUUCCCGAAUCAAAACUUCUCAAAUAAACUAAAAACAACUGCUCAAUUUGUGAGAUAAGACUAAAAAUCAUUUGAAAAUUUAUAUUCAGCUAAAUAAUUAAUUUGCAUUUAUGAACAAAAACAGAUCCCACAAAAAACAUCCAUAAGUGCAAAAUAAU